AUGUCUAACCUGACCUCAGGACAGGCUCUGAAAUACCAGUGCUGUUCUCGGGACACGAAGCAGUUGUUUGAAGAAGGUCCUGUGCUGUACGUUGCUGUCAUGUCGGCCAAAGCCAUAUCGGAGCAGACGGGGAAGGAUUUCCUCUACAAGUACAUCUGCACCUCAGCGGCUGUGGAGAACCGCUUCCGCUAUGCCAGUGUAACGGCGGAGACUGACUGGGACCGCCUCACACAGGAGCACCCAUGGCUGCUGACAGAACGGCUGGUGGUGAAGCCAGAUCAACUAAUCAAGCGGCGUGGAAAGCUCGGGUUGGUGGGCAUCAACUUAGACCUGCCAGGAGUCAAGGACUGGAUCAAAGCCCGCAUUAUGAAAGAGACCACCGUGGGGAAGGCAAAAGGCGUGCUGAAGAACUUCCUCAUUGAGCCAUUUGUUCCACACACACAGGCGGAAGAGUUCUAUGUGUGCAUUUACGCCACGCGUGAGGGCGACCAGGUGCUUUUCCACCACGAGGGCGGAGUGGAAGUUGGUGAUGUGGACUCCAAGGCUCAAAGGCUGCUGGUUGCUGUGGAUGAAAGUCUCAAUGAAGACCAAAUCACAAAGCAGCUCCUCCAGCAUGUUCCUGAUGAAAAUAAGGAAGUUCUGGCCAGUUUUAUAGUUGGUCUCUUCAAAUUAUAUGAGGACCUCUACUUCACCUAUCUCGAGAUCAACCCUUUAGUCGUGACCCAGGAUGGGGUGUACGUCCUCGACAUGGCAGCCAAGAUUGAUGCCACAGCUGACUUCAUCUGCAAAGCUAAAUGGGGAGAUGUGGAGUUUCCUCCACCCUUUGGCAGAGAAGCUUAUCCAGAGGAGGCCUACAUAGCAGAUCUGGAUGCAAAGAGCGGCGCCAGUCUGAAGCUGACGCUGUUGAACCCCAGGGGCAGGAUCUGGACCAUGGUGGCUGGAGGCGGUGCUUCAGUGGUCUACAGCGACACCAUCUGUGAUCUGGGUGGGGUGGAUGAGUUGGCCAACUACGGUGAGUACUCCGGGGCACCCAGUGAACAGCAGACCUACGACUACGCAAAAACCAUCCUCUCCCUCAUGACCCGGGAGAAGCAUCCUGAAGGGAAAGUGCUGAUCAUCGGAGGAAGUAUUGCGAACUUCACCAAUGUAGCAGCUACAUUUAAGGGUAUUGUCAGGGCCAUUAGAGAUUACCAAGGCCCUCUAAAGGAGCAUGAGGUCUCCAUAUUUGUGCGACGUGGUGGUCCCAAUUAUCAAGAAGGCCUGAGGGUGAUGGGGGAAGUAGGAAAGACCACAGGUAUUCCUAUUCAUGUGUUUGGAACUGAGACCCAUAUGACAGCCAUAGUUGGGAUGGCUCUGGGCCACCGGCCGAUCCCUAACCUGCCUCCUAUGGACGCUCACACCGCCAACUUCCUCCUCAACGCCAGCAGCAACGCAGCGACUCCAGCUACUACAAGAACAGCUUCUUUCUCUGAGGUCAAGACCAAUAACGAUGUCUCUCCUGCGAAAAAGUCUCGAGCAGGCCUCCCCGCAGACUCUCUCCAUUCUAUACUGUGGCCUCUGAAGAAUGUGGUCACAGGCGAUUGGAUAGCCAAAGCAACCACACUUUUCAGCAAACACACCAAGGCCAUCGUCUGGGGCAUGCAGACGCGUGCUGUGCAGGGCAUGCUGGAUUUUGACUACGUUUGCUCCCGUGAUGAACCCUCUGUGGCUGCCAUGGUGUACCCCUUCACUGGAGAUCACAAACAGAAGUUCUACUGGGGCCACAAAGAGAUCCUGCUGCCAGUUUAUAAGAACAUGGCUGACGCCAUGAAGAAACACACUGAAGUGGACGUCAUGAUCAGUUUUGCGUCGCUACGCUCAGCCUUUGACAGCACAUUGGAGGCUAUGCAGUAUCCGCAGAUUCACACCAUCGCCAUCAUAGCUGAGGGCAUUCCUGAAGCUCAGACCAGGAAGCUGAUUAAGAUUGCUGAUGAGAAGGGUGUCACAAUCAUUGGCCCUGCCACGGUCGGCGGCAUCAAGCCAGGCUGUUUUAAGAUUGGAAACACCGGUGGAAUGCUGGACAACAUCCUGGCCUCCAAACUUUACCGUCCUGGAAGCGUGGCAUAUGUAUCACGCUCUGGAGGCAUGUCCAACGAGCUGAACAACAUCAUCUCACGCACAACAGAUGGCGUCUAUGAGGGUGUUGCCAUUGGUGGAGACCGAUAUCCAGGUUCUACUUUUAUGGAUCAUGUCCUACGUUACCAGGACACACCAGGGAUUAAGAUGAUAGUGAUGCUUGGAGAGAUUGGAGGCACAGAUGAGUACAGUAUCUGCCAAGGGAUCAGAGAAGGCAGGAUCACCAAACCGGUGGUGUGCUGGUGUAUUGGUACCUGCGCCACCAUGUUCACUUCAGAGGUUCAGUUUGGCCAUGCUGGAGCCUGCGCCAACCAGGCUUCAGAGACGGCCGUGGUUAAGAACCAGGCCCUCAGAGACGCUGGAGCUUUUGUACCAAAGAGCUUUGAUGAGCUUGGAGAUGUCAUCAGGACUGUGUAUGAUGAGCUGGUAGCCAAUGGUACCAUCAUUCCUGCCCAAGAGGUGCCCCCACCGACUGUACCAAUGGAUUAUUCCUGGGCAAGAGAGUUGGGCCUGAUUCGUAAACCAGCCUCCUUCAUGACCAGCAUCUGUGAUGAACGAGGCCAGGAGCUAAUCUACGCAGGCAUGCCCAUCACCGAGGUCUUCAAAGAGGAAAUGGGUUUAGGAGGAGUGCUGGGCUUACUCUGGUUCCAGCGCAGGCUGCCACGCUACGCCUGCCAUUUCAUUGAAAUGUGCCUGAUGGUGACCGCUGACCACGGGCCUGCCGUUUCUGGGGCUCACAACACAAUCGUCUGUGCUCGUGCUGGCAAAGACCUCAUCUCAAGCCUCACCUCCGGCCUGCUGACUAUCGGGGACCGUUUUGGAGGUGCUCUUGAUGCAGCAGCAAAGCAGUUCAGCAAAGCUUUUGACAGUGGCAUGCUGCCCAUGGAGUUUGUCAACAAGAUGAAGAAGGAUGGCAAGCUUAUCAUGGGAAUUGGACACAGGAUCAAUAAUCCAGACAUGCGGGUGCAGAUUCUGAAGGACUUUGUCAAACAGCAUUUCCCCUCCACCCAGCUGCUGGACUACGCCCUAGAUGUGGAGAAGAUUACUACCUCUAAGAAACCUAACCUGAUCCUUAAUGUCGACGGUUUUAUUGGUGUUUCCUUUGUGGACCUGCUUAGGACAUGUGGAGGCUUCACACGAGAUGAGGCUGAUGAGUUUGUGGAGAUCGGUGCACUGAAUGGGAUCUUUGUUCUUGGCCGUAGUAUGGGCUUUAUUGGGCAUUACCUGGAUCAGAAGAGGUUAAAACAGGGUCUUUACCGCCACCCAUGGGACGACAUCUCCUAUGUGCUUCCUGAACACAUGUCCAUCCUGCGAGCUCUGCGCUUGCAUGUAGUUCAGAGUCUUUAUUUGCCUCUGAGUUUCCCCCCUUGCGUCGGAAUGGCAGCGGCAGCAGAGGAGCCGGAGGACACUCGCCGGAAGAGCGGCGCUCAAGGAGCGCUAACAGGUGCAGGUGACUGUGAACCCGAGGAGGCCGAGGAGUUCACCUGCUCGGCCUACUGCUCGGAGCUCUCCCGGCGCCAGAACGAGCAGAGGAAGGCGGGCUUGUUCUGCGACGUGACCCUGGUUUUCAGCCGGGCGGGGGUGCCCGGAGAGCAGCCCCAAACCGUAUCUGCCCACCGCUCCGUUCUAUCCGCAGCAUCGCAGUACUUCGCGCUGCUGCUGGGCGGACAGUUCGCAGAGUCCGUGAGCCGGCGCGUGGAGCUCAAAGAGUGGAGCUCCCCGGCCGGGCCCGAGCCGGACACCGUGGAGCUGGUCGUCCAGUUCAUGUACACCGGAGAGGUCCGAGUGAGCUCCGACAACGUGCACGAGGUGUUGGAGCUGGCUGACAGAUUCCUGCUGGUGCAGCUGAAGAGCUUCUGCGCAGAGUUCCUGGUAAGGAACUUGAGCCUUUCCAACUGUGUUGCCGUGCACAGCCUGGCACACAUGUAUUCCCUAGACCAGCUGGCUGAGGAAGCUGCGGGGACAAUCAGGAGAAACUUCCACAGAGUUAUCUGCGGUGAAGAAUUCUACACGCUGCCAUUUCAUCUAGUGCAGGGCUGGCUGCUGGACUCCAAGAUCACCGUGGACUCUGAGCAGGAGUUGUUUGAGGCUAUGGUGAAAUGGGUCCACCAAAACCAAAAGGACAGAGAGAAGUAUUUUGAGGAACUGUUUAAGCUCCUGAGGCUGGCACAGAUUGCUCCCACGUACCUGACGCGUGUGAUUAGAAGGGAACCUCUAGUGGCCAACAGUGCAAUGUGUCAGCAGCUGGUGAUCGAAGCUCUGGAGUUCCACGCCAUUCGGUCCGAGAGCGUCAAGUCAGCUGACUCUGAGCUGAAUGCAGCCAUUCAGCCUCGACUGGGCCAGAACAUGGAUGUGAUCAUGGUUAUUGGGGGGGUUUCUGAAGGCGGAGAAUAUCUCAGUGAGUGUGUGGGCUACUUUGUUGCCGAGGACCGUUGGAUCAACCUACCGCACAUUCACAACCACCUUGAUGGACAUGCCAUCGCCGUCACCGAGGGCCACGUUUACGUGGCAGGCUCCAUGGAGCCCGGCUUUGCCAAGAUGGUUGAACGCUACAGCCCGAGCCUCAACAGCUGGGAGCAGGCCAGUGGCCUGACCACCCGCAAACACUCCUUUGGCCUCAUAUGUGUCAGAGAUGUACUCUAUAGCAUCGGUGGCCAUGGCAACUUCAGUCCUGGCUUUAAGGACGUCACCAUCUACGAACCGGAGCGGGACGAGUGGGUCAGCCUGGAGCCAGCACCAAAGAUCCUCCGGGAUGUAAAAACAGUGAGUGUGGAAGAUCGGCAUGUGUAUGUGAUGGCCAGGACUCCCGUCGACGUGGACCACGACGACGGACUGAGCACUUUGACCACUUGCUAUGAUACAGAGAGCCGCAAGUGGCAGGAGGUGAACUCUUUGCCACUGAUCGACAACUACUGUAGUUUUCAAAUGGCUGUUGCAUCCACAAACUUCUACAACACCGCCUCUUGCUGCCCCAGAAGCUACCAAAUAACAGCGGAGGCUGCUCAGGAGAAAAUAAGCAGUGCUGUCUCGGACGACAUCCUGGACAGCCUCCCGUCAGAGGUCCUCAGCAUGGAGGGUACGGCCAUCUGCUACCUGGGUGAGGACAUCUUCAUUAUCGGCGGGUGGAGGAACAGCAGCACCCUGGACAAGCAGUACCGCAAGGAGGCGUACCGCUACUGUGCUGAGAGGAAGCACUGGACGCUGCUGCCGCCCAUGCCCCAGCCGCGCUGCCGGGCAGCGGCCUGCCACGUCCGCAUCCCGUACCAGUAUCUGAACGGCCACCAGCGAUACCCCAUGCCCCCCAACCUGGCCCGCCAACGGGACCGCAUGCAGCAGAUGCAGCAGCUGCACCGGCGCACGCUGACUCUGCGCAGACAGCUGCAGUCUCAGAUUGAAUGCUGAAACCAGACUCUCACCCCAUCUGCUGAUGAUCGCCCUGUUAUUGUUCCAACACUGCUGCUUUAGUUUUGACUUAUGAGAGGGGAAAUGCCUGUAUGGGUUUACCCUGAACUGGCUUAGAGUGAAGGAUACAAUUAAGGAACCAAAAGAAAUAAGGGGUAAAGCCAUUAAACAAUCACUUACCCAAGUCUUAUCUUUAGUUAGCAAAUAUCUGUGCCUGCUGUAACACUCUUGUCAUUUGUAUUUUCGUUUUUGCCAGUAUAACAGUUUCCAACACAUCCCAGUGAAGUUGUUUUAGUAUUGAGAUGUGAGUUUUGCUAUUAAUAUACAGACUGUUUUUCUACUGUUGUCAGAUUUAUGUAUAUAAGUGUUGAUGUCGUGGACCAUAGUGUUAUCGUAAAAAAAAAAAAAAGGACAAUCAGACAUUCCAUUUUCAUUUUAAUAGCUCAGCUGGACAAAGGUUGCUAUCCCAGGUUCUUUGCUUGCUCUAAGCAUGAAAUACAUCAAUGAUGUAAUUUAAAAAAAUUGCACAGAAAAUAUUCUCCUGAUUUUAAAACUGUAUUAACAUAUUGCUUUUGUGACACAGUAAUUGCAGAAUUCCUCUAAUGUCUUUUCUGUGCAGUUUUAUCUGUUGAGACAAUUCUUAAAAACAAAAUAAAAACCUGGGACUUACUGGCAGAGAGCAGUGAGAAUGCUGAUAUACUGAAUGACUGGACCAGAGGAUAAUGAACAAUUAGCUGUUAAAAUGAGUGAAUGAGUUUUUUUUGUUGUUCUUAAGACUGAGAUAUACUGUGUGCCAACUCAACAGGAUUGAAAUGUAAAAGAGGGACAGCUAAAGCAAUUCACAGAGAUUAAGAGUUCUCUUGAUCAAAUUAAUAAAAAAAA